AUGGCCGACAGGACAUCGCGCCAGGCGCCUCCCCCCGGCGCCCCGCGUCGCGCAGUCCGUCGCAACCUCUUUCAAGGCCUGACUAGACGCCCGACGGGCACGACAGCAGCAAACGCGAAUGCGCCGACGGGUAUGGCUUCCACGGCACCGACUUCUUCGUCCGGCAACUCGGCCGAGACGCUGAGGCUUGAUGUCGAUGUGCUCUCCGACGGCAGCGCGGCGCCCCAGGGGCCCCUUGAGAUUGUUGUGCGCGAUGAGCACGGUGAGAUUGAACUCGGCGAGCUGCCGACGCUGGUGUUUGACGAGGCGGACGAGGCCGCGCUGGAUGAUCGCGAGGAGAGCAAGAAGGAGCGGCAGAGGCUUGCGGAGGCCGUGAAGCAGCAUCAGGUCAACCACACUGCCGUUCGCGAGCAACCUGAAGAGCUACUCGAAGCCGUGAAGGCGAGUUUACGGGCUAAGGUUGCUGCCCUCUCCGAAGACAACUGGAGGUACGAGGCCGAGCCGGAACAGCCUCGUGGCUACUGA